GAUAGUGUUGCGUUCUACAAAAAAAAAGAUUCAAAAAAUGAUUGAAUAUUUUGGCGCUUUAGUUGCUGUUUUAACAAUAUGGUGCGUUUUAAAGUACUUGAGAUGGAGAAAUGACAUUUAUCUUCCUUUGAGUAAAAUUCCUGGUCCAAAAAUAUAUCCAAUUAUUGGAAAUUUAUAUAUGUUUAUCGGAGUUAAACGUUCAGAUAUCUUCAAAAUCUUUUCGGAAAUGGUUAAAACAUAUGGUCCUUUAUUUAGAGCUUUUAGUGGUUUUAUACCGUUAAUUAAUGUAACAAAACCAGAACAUCUUGAGCAAAUUAUGUCAAGUUCUAUUCACGUUCACAAAGGAAUGAUGUAUGAAGCUUUAAAAGAAUGGUUAGGAGAUGGUUUAUUAAUAAGCAACGGAGUAAAAUGGCAUCAAAGAAGAAAAAUGAUCACCCCCACGUUUCAUUUUAAAAUAUUAGAACAUUUUAUGCCUGUUUUCGUCAAAAAAAGUAAAUUAUUAAUUGAUUAUUUAGAAAAAGAAAGCAAUGGGAAUGGUUUUGACAUUUGUCCAUAUAUAACUCAUUGUACUUUAGAUAUAAUUUGUGAAACUGCAAUGGGUAUUUCUUUAAAUGCCGUGUCAGAUAGAAAUAGCAGCUACAUUCAAGCAACGAACAACAAACAUUAUUUUAAUAGCACAAGAGAAUUGUUUAUAAUAAGACAAGCAAGUAUUUUACAACAAACACCUUUAUAUCCAUUUUUAAAAGAUGGAAAAUCUUUCUACGAAAACGUUAAAGUUUUACAUAACUUCACCAAUAAAGUCAUUUCGGAACGAAAAGAAUACUUAAAAGAACAUCCAAUUAAAAUUGAAGAAGACGACGAAACUUUUACGAAAAAACGGUUAUCGUUUUUGGAUCUUUUGCUGACCUCAACCGAGAAACUAACCGAUUCUGAUAUUAGAGCGGAAGUCGAUACUUUUAUGUUUGCCGGUCAUGAUACGACAACAACCGGAAUAUGUUGGACUUUAUUUUUGUUAGGAUUAAAUCAAGAUUGCCAGCAAAAAGCUUACGAGGAAAUUCAAGAUGUCCUUGGUGAUAAGAAUACGCCUGAAACCAUUUCAGAUUUGAACGAAUUGAAAUACUUGGAAUGUUGUAUAAAAGAAAGUUUGAGGAUUUAUCCAAGUGUACCAUUAAUUUCUAGAGUACUAACUGAAGAUAUUACAUUAGAUGGAUUUAAAAUUCCGAAAGGAACUAAUUGCAAUUUAGAUAUUUAUCAUACUCAUAGAAAUGCUGAAAUUUACCCCGAACCCGAAAAAUAUGACCCUGAUCGAUUUCAACCCGAAAAUUCUAAAAAUCGCCAUCCUUACGCUUACAUCCCUUUUAGUGCUGGUCCUAGAAACUGUAUUGGCCAAAAAUUCGCAAUGUACGAAGAAAAAACGUUAUUGGCAUCGAUAUUAAAAGCUUACGAAGUUAUUUCUGUUGAUAAACGCGAAUCCAUAAAUAUUAUACCUCAAAUAGUAUUAAAAUCAGAAAAUCCGUUCAAAAUUGCUUUGAGAAAACGUACAAAAUAAUUUAUUUUAAUAAAUAAAUAAAUAAUGACAAUAAUAA